UAAGAUUAAAUAUAAUGGUCAAAUAUUUUCUCUGGAAUCUGAGCUUAUUACUUGUUAGUUUUGUGUCAGGAAUGAAGUGGUUUCAAUAUUAAAUUGAAAGUCACUGGAACAGUAUGUAUAGCACACACAUACACUACUCAGUGGUGAGAUGGAGCAGUUUUCUGACACUUUUGUUUGAUUUCCACCAAGGAUGCAGUACCUCAAGACAAUGAUGGCAUGGAAAAUACUUCCCAUUUGCUUCUUGCUGCUGCUUUCUGCUUCCUUGAUUGAACAAGUUUCAUCUCAAGAUUUAUCAAGCUGUGCAGGGAGAUGUGGGGAAGGGUAUUCUAGAGAUGCCACCUGCAACUGUGACUAUAACUGUCAACACUACAUGGAGUGCUGCCCUGAUUUCAAGAAAGUCUGCACCGUAGAGCUUUCCUGUAAAGGUCGCUGCUUCGAGUCCUUUGCACGUGGAAGGGAGUGUGACUGUGACUCCCAGUGUAAGAAGUAUGGCAAGUGCUGUGCAGACUAUGACAGCUUCUGUGAAGAAGAAAAAGACAACAAGAAAACUCCUAAAAAGGAGCCUAAGCCAGUAGCACCGGUGGUAGAUGAUGCUGGAAGUGGACUGGACAAUGGAGAUUCCAAGCCCACCCCAACUCCUGACAUUGCUACUACCACAGCAAAACCAGGAAAUCCUAAACCCAGUCUUCCACCUAAGUCUGACAACCCCAAAGAGGCUUCAUCCACAAACAAUAAAGAGACAACAGUUAAAACUAAAGAGAGCACAGUCACAAACAAACAGACUUCUAGCAGUGCAAAAGAGAAGACUACUUCAGCUAAAGAGACCCGAAGUGCAGAGAAAACAUCAUCCGAAGUUCCAGUGAAGCCUACACCCAAAGCUGAACCUACAACCAAGGCCCCUGCUCUGCCUACCAUCCCCAAGGAGCCGGCACCUACUACUACAAAAGAGCCUGAACCCACAACCACGCCGAAGGAGCCUGCACCCACUACCACCAAGAAAACAACUCCCACCACCCCUAAAGAGCCCACACCCACUACCACCAAGGAACCAACUCCCACCACUCCCAAGGAGCCUAUACCCACCACCACCAUGGAACCAGCACCAACCACCCCCAAGGAGCCUGAACCCACCACUACCAAGGAACCAGCUCCCACCACCCCCAAGGAGCCUGUACCCACUACCACCAAAGAACCAGCUCCGACCACCCCUAAGGAGCCUGCACCCACUACCACCAAAGAACCAGCUCCGACUACCCCUAAAGAGCCCUCACCCACCACCACCAUGGAACCAGCACCAACCACCCCCAAGGAACCUGUACCCACUACUACCAAGGAACCAGCUCCCACCACCCCCAAGGAGCCUGUGCCUACUACCACCAAGAAAUCAACUCCCACCACCCCCGAGGAGCCUGCACCCACAACCACCAAAAACCCAGCUCCCACCACCCCCAAGGAGCCUGUACCCACCACCCCCGAGGAGCCUGAACCUACCACCCCCAAGGAGCUUGCACCUACCACCCCUGAGGAGCCUGUAUCUACCCCCACUCCCACUACUCCCAGGAAACCUGUACCUACUACUCCAACUUCUCUUAAGACACCACCACCAACUACCACCAUGGAGCCUUCUACUACUCAGAAAACUCCUGAGUUUCCUGCUGAACCCACACCAGAGGCUCUUGACAAUAGUCCCAAAGAGCCCGCAGUAUUAACAACAAAAUCUCCUGAAAUGACAACAGUAGAUAAAGAAAAAAGUACAACUGCUACACCUAAGAUUACAACUAAAGAGACGACAGCAGAAGAAAAAACUACAGAAUCGAAAAUAACAAGCACCACCACGCAAGUAAAGCCCACCACUCCUCAAGGUACAUCACUUAAAGUUACUACUCUUGAACCCAAAGUAAUUACUACAGCUGAAGAGAUCAUGAACAAUCCUGAAGAAACAACUCCUGGAUCAGAAGAGACAACUACUGUUAAGGCAACAACUCUGAAACCCCAGAAACCAACCAGAGUACCCAAAAAGCCUUCUACCAAAAAGCCACCCAAAGCACCCAAACAGCCCACUUCUACCAAAAAGCCAAACACUCCUAAAGCGAAGAAACCCAAGACUACACCAACUCCCCCAAAGAUGACUUCAACAAUGUCUGAACUGAACCCUACGUCUGUAGCAGAAGCCAUGCUCCAAACCUCCACCACUCCUAGUCAAACUCCAAAUGAAGAUAUGGUUGGCGAAAAUCCAAACAAUGAAGAUGCCCCUGGUGCGGAAGCUGAAAACCCUCACAUGAUUCCCAGGCCCCCACUACUAACUCCUUUAGUCAUUCCAGGCACUGAUCACUUAGUGAGAGGUCCCAAUCAAGACAUUUACAUCAACUCCAUGAUUUCAGAUGAGACCAAUUUAUGUAAUGGUAAGCCAGUAGAUGGACUGACUACUUUGCGCAAUGGGACAUUAGUUGCAUUUCGAGGUCAUUAUUUCUGGAUGCUAAAUCCAUUUAGGCCACCAUCUACACCUCGCAGAAUUACUGAAGUUUGGGGUAUUCCCUCCCCCAUUGACACUGUUUUUACUAGAUGCAACUGUGAAGGAAAAACUUUCUUCUUUAAGGAUUCUCAGUACUGGCGUUUCACCAAUGACAUACAAGAUGCAGGGUAUCCUAAACAAAUUGUAAAAGGAUUCGGAGGACUAACUGGGAAAAUAGUAGCAGCUCUUUCUGUAGCUAAGUACAAGAACAGGCCUGAGUCUGUGUAUUUUUUUAAGAGAGGAGGCAACAUUCAGCAAUAUACUUAUAAGCAGGAACCCACCAAAAAAUGCCCUGGAAGAAGCCCUACUAUAAAUUACUCAGUCUAUGGAGAAACAGCACAGGUUAGGAGACGUCGCUUUGAAAGGGCUAUUGGACCUUAUCAGACACAUACCAUCAGAAUUCAAUAUUCACCUAUCAGAGUUUCAUAUCAAGAUAAAGGCUUCCUUCACAAUGAAGUUAAAGUGAGUACCAUGUGGAGAGGGUUUCCAAAUGUGGUCACUACUGCUGUAACACUGCCCAACAUUAGAAAACCUGAUGGCUACGAUUACUAUGCCUUUUCUAAAGAUCAAUACUAUAACAUCGAUAUUCCCAGUAGAACAGCAAGAGCAGUUACUACUCGUUCUGGGCAGACCCUCUCCAAAGUCUGGUACAACUGUCCUUAGAUGGAUCGACAGAAGAAGAGGCAUAUAUUUAAAAUGAAG